GUUUCACACUAUGUGCUGACUGUCUGUACUUACAGAAGAUAUUUAAAAGCAAACAGACUUUUUUUUUUUUCCAAAAAAAAAUUGAUUCCAGUGGAAUCUGUGCUUUAAAUUUUUGUCCUGUCAAUUAACUCCUGAAGCAAUGCCUGUACAAGCUCCACAGUGGACGGAUUUUCUGUCCUGCCCAAUUUGCACACAGACGUUCGACGAAACGAUCCGGAAGCCCAUCAGCUUGGGUUGCGGCCACACUGUCUGCAAGAUGUGCCUCAACAAGCUCCAUCGCAAGGCAUGCCCUUUUGACCAGACCACUAUCAAUACAGACAUUGAACUCCUUCCUGUGAAUUCAGCCUUGCUGCAACUUGUGGGUGCUCAGGUUCCAGAGCAGCAGCCAAUUACUUUAUGUAGUGGAGCUGAAGAUACCAAGCAUUAUGAGGAGGGCAAGAAAUGUGUGGAAGAAUUGGCAUUGUACCUCAAACCACUCAGCAGUGCCAGAGGUGUGGGUCUUAACAGUACUACUCAGAGUGUGCUAAGUCGUCCCAUGCAAAGGAAGCUUGUGACAUUAGUUCAUUGCCAACUGGUUGAGGAAGAGGGACGCAUCCGAGCCAUGCGUGCAGCACGGUCGCUUGGUGAAAGAACCGUUACAGAGCUCAUCCUGCAGCACCAGAACCCGCAGCAGCUCUCUUCCAACCUCUGGGCUGCCGUGAGAGCCAGAGGCUGCCAGUUCCUUGGGCCAGCAAUGCAAGAGGAAGCUUUAAAGCUGGUUCUGCUGGCUCUGGAAGAUGGAUCGGCUUUGUCACGGAAGGUUUUGGUUCUCUUUGUGGUUCAGAGGUUGGAGCCACGAUUUCCUCAGGCUUCUAAAACUAGCAUUGGACAUGUUGUCCAGCUUCUUUACAGAGCCUCGUGCUUCAAGGUGACAAAGCGUGAUGAGGAUUCCUCCCUGAUGCAACUGAAGGAGGAAUUUCGGACUUACGAAGCUCUUAGAAGGGAACAUGAUUCCCAGAUAGUUCAAAUUGCUAUGGAAGCAGGUUUACGCAUUGCACCGGAUCAGUGGUCCUCACUGUUAUAUGGAGACCAAUCUCACAAAUCUCACAUGCAGUCUAUUAUUGACAAGUUGCAGACCCCAGCCUCAUUUGCACAGAGUGUUCAGGAAUUGACUAUUGCUCUCCAGAGGACUGGAGAUCCAGCUAACCUGAAUCGUCUUCGACCUCACCUGGAACUCCUGGCAAAUAUCGAUCCCAGUCCAGAUGCUCCACCUCCAACAUGGGAACAACUGGAAAAUGGGCUAGUUGCUGUGAGAACUGUGGUUCAUGGCUUAGUAGAUUAUAUUCAGAAUCACAGCAAGAAAGGAACGGACCAGCAACAGCCUCCUCAGCACAGCAAGUACAAGACAUACAUGUGCCGAGACAUGAAGCAGAGAGGAGGGUGCCCCCGAGGGGCUAGCUGCACCUUUGCACAUUCGCAGGAGGAACUGGAAAAAUUUCGCAAAAUGAACAAGCGUCUGGUUCCCCGAAGACCGCUGAGUGCCUCUUUGGGCCAGCUGAAUGAGGUGGGCCUGCCUUCAGGAGCUAUCCUCUCGGAUGAAGGGGGAGUGGACUUGCCCAACAGGAAAACCUCUGUCCUGCCAAACGGAAUUGUGUCAACAGGCAGCACCGUGACACAGCUCAUUUCCCGAGGGACUGACUCCAGUUACGAAACAGCCCUGAAGCCAGGGAAGAUGGACCACCUGAGUAGCAGUGCCCCAGGAUCCCCACCUGAAUUGUUGGAAUCUGUCUCCAAGAGCUCUAUUUCUGCCUUACCAGUGAACCCUCAUCCUGGGCCUGCUCGGGCACCAACAGAUUUGCCUUCGGUGUCAGUCACCAAGCAGUUACAAAUUGUACCACGAGGCUCCCAGUUGUAUAAUAACCAGCAAGCAGAUAUCUUUUAUCAAGAUCCUAGAGGCGCUGCCCCUCCAUUUGAGCCAGCACCCUAUCAGCAAGGAGUUUACUAUCCUACUCAGUCUUCACAGUGCAUGUCUCGCUUUGUCCGACCUCCUCCAUCAGCUCCUGAGCCUGGUCCACCUUAUUUAGACCAUUACCCAACUUACCUUCAGGACCGUGUGGUGAGCCCGCAGUACACGCAGCCGCAGCAGUACCCUCCUAUGGGGCAGCCCAUAUAUCCACCUCACUACGACACCCGUCGCGUCUAUCCCCCUGUCCAGCCAUAUCAGCAAGAGGAAAUUGUCCGAGGAAACCCGGUACCAAUUGAAAUUCCACAGGCAGCUGUACCCUCCUACAUACCUGAAUCCAGGGACAGAUACCAGCAAGUGGAGGGUUAUUGCUCCAUGGCUCCACAUCUCAGUCAGAUCAGACCUCCAUGCCACAGACCUCAUCCCAGCCUGGAUGAACUUCACCGCCGAAGGAAGGAGAUCAUGGCUCAGCUAGAGGAGAGGAAGGUGAUUUCUCCCCCUCCUUUUGCGCCUUCACCAACCUUGCCUCAUCCUUUCCAUUCAGAGGAGUACUUGGAUGAAGACCUGAAGGUAGCUGGGAAAUAUAAAGGAAACGACUAUAGCCAGUACUCUCCCUGGUCAUGUGACACCAUCGGCUCCUACAUUGGAACCAAAGAUGCAAAACCCAAAGAUGUUGUGGCAGCAAGGAGCGUGGAAAUGGCGAACGUAGAUAGUAAAGCUAUGCGUGACCAGCGAUUGGACAUGCAGAGAAGGGCAGCAGAGACUGGUGAUGAUGAUCUUAUUCCAUUUGGAGACCGACCAACUGUGUCAAGAUUUGGGGCUAUCUCUCGUACCUCCAAAGCAAUGUACCAGAGUUCUGGUCCCAUGCAGGCCAUGGCGGUUCAGGGAGCUUCCACCAAAUCUAUCAUUUCAGACUACAGUCCUUAUGGAACUCAUGGUGGCUGGGGUGCCUCUCCAUACUCUCCUCAUCAAAAUAUACCUUCUCAGGGACGUUUCAAUGACAGGGAAAGACUGUCCAUGUCAGAUGUGGCUGGUCAUGGGAAGCAGUUACCCUCAGCUGAGCGGGAACAGCAACUGCGGAUGGAGCUGCAGCAAGUAGACCAUCAGAUCAGCCAGCAGACACAAAUGCGAGGACUAGAGGCUGUUAGUAACAGGCUGCUGUUGCAGAGGGAGGCGACUACCCUGGCAGGCCAGCCACAGCCCCCACCCCCACCUCCCAAGUGGCCUGGGAUGAUCUCAAGUGAGCAGCUGAGCUUGGAGCUACACCAGGUGGAAAGGGAAAUUGGGAAGAGAACCCGUGAGCUGAGCAUGGAGAGCCAGUCUUCACUGGAUAUAAAAAACAAACUGGGCACCACUAAGCAGACAGAAAAUGGACAAUUAGAACCGCAAAGCAAGGUUCCAGCUGAGGACCUCGCACUGACAUUCAGCAGUGAUGUUCCAAAUGGAUCAGCCUUGACACAAGAGAACAUCAGCCUUCUGUCAAACAAGACAUCGUCUCUGAGCCUGUCGGAGGACCCGGAGGGCGGAGGAGACAACCAUGACUCCCAGAGAGCAGGAGUUACACCCACAUCUGCUCCCUGAAGUGAGGCCAGCAUACCCCAGAGUUUCUUUUGCUGGGGUGCUGUUAGCUUCCAUCAUGUAUUUUUUUCCAGGGCUGAUUGAAGAAACGCAGAAGCAACAGCAGUAGCAGAGCAGCAGAUCCAGAGGCAAUGUGCACAAACACAACUACUAGAAACAAAUCCUGCACAUAGUUCACAUUAACGCAUUUUUUAAUUAAAAAAAUGAAAAUUAGCAGUAUCUGCAAGCGAUUCAAAUUAAAUUUGUUUUUGUUCUGUGAA